AUGGAGAACCUGACGGCGGCUCCGGGGCGGAACGUCACGCUGGGGACGUGGACGGACUACAGCCUGCAGUACAAGGUGGUGAGCACCGCGCUGCUGCUCGUGACGUGCGCGUCGGGCAUCGUGGGGAACGUGAUGGUGAUCCUGGUGGUGCUCACCACGCGCCACAUGCGCACCCCCACCAACUGCUACCUGGUGAGCCUGGCGGCGGCCGACCUGAUGGUGCUGACGGCCGCGGGCGUGCCCGCCAUCGCCGACAGCCUCUUCGCCACGUGGGUGUUCGGCCGGUACGCGUGCGCGGGCAUCACGUACUGCCAGUACCUGGGCAUCAACGCGUCCUCCUGCUCCAUCACCGCCUUCACCGUGGAGCGCUACAUCGCCAUCUGCCACCCGAUGCGCGCGCAGUUUCUGUGCACCCUGGCGCGCGCCAAGCGCAUCAUCGCGGCGGUGUGGGCGUGCACGUCCCUGUACUGCGUCAUGUGGCUGUACCUGUCGGACCUGCAGCAGCUGCGCUACGACCACGGCGUGACCGUGGUGGCGUGCGGGUACCGGGUGCCGCGCAGGCUCUACCUGCCCGUGUACUUCGUGGACUUCGGCGUGUUCUUCGUGGUUCCGCUGCUGCUGGCGGCGGUUCUGUACGGCCUGAUCGCGCGCAUCCUGUUCCUGAGCGCGCUCCCGUCCGACCCCGCGGACCCGCGGAGGAGCCGCGGGGACGCGCGCCACGGCAGCUCCACGGCCGCGUCGCGCAGACAGGUGACCAAGAUGCUGGCGGUGGUGGUGGUGCUGUUCGCCGUGCUCUGGAUGCCGUACCGGACGCUGGUGGUGGUCAACUCCUUCCUGGACCGGGCCUACCUGGACGCCUGGUUCCUGCUCUUCUGCCGCACCUGCGUCUACCUCAACAGCGCCAUCAACCCGCUCAUCUACAACGCCAUGUCGCAGAAGUUCCGGGCCGCCUUCCACAGGUUGAUCUGCGGCUGCCGGCGGCGCCGGCGCGACGACGCACCCGCCGCCUGCAGCGUGGCGCUCACCUACAGCGCCGUCAAGGACUCGUCCCUGGUGGAGAGCACCGACCACUUCCCCACCGAGCUGGAGGAGCUGGCCGCCUCGGAGCAGCUGCUGGCGGAUCCCCAGAGCGCGUCCUCGGACCCCUGCGGGUUCGUGAAGGUGGACUUCAGUGCUGCCUGAGGCGGCUCCGCGGAGCGAGCGAGAGACGAGCAAGAGAGGCUCCGCUGGGAUUCGAGGAGAGCUACUUAACGGAGUCUUGGGUGGGAGUUCGGCGUCCUGAAUGCCAUCUGACCUUUUCAGCAAACACAGAUCGGUAACGACAAACACGCUGUCCUGGGCGCCGUAGAGCCGCCGCUGCCAGCAGAUAAGGCCCCGUUUACACGUAGCAAAAUAGGUGGUGUUUUCAUGCGUUUUGGCCGUUCGUUAAACACGAAAACGAAGCUCAAAGUCACCAAAAACGAUCAUUUCUGAAAAUUCCAAAAAGCAAAAGAAAAUAUGGCGAAACUUCAUUCGUAAUUUGCUCGGCCGUACUUUAUCGUAGAAACAUUGAACUACGCUCAUUUUAAGGCUAAUGGAUUGACGUGCUGAUUUUAGAGGCUUGUUGCUCGGCAACACGUUAACGUAGAGACAUCAUUCAAACGUUAAAAGACUUGGGACGCUUUGGACUAGAACAUAUUGAAGCUUCAUUAUGCUAGCUAUUGCAGUUUUUGAGAAAUUGAGUAAGAAAGUAACAGCAAAGAUGGCCCCAUUCAUUCCUAUGGGGGAUGUUACCAUGGCGACACAAAACCUACUAAUUCCUAUGGGGAGCAUAGGAAUGAAUGAAGUACAACCAGAACCAGCUCAGGCCCCGUUUACACGUAGCAAAAACGGUGGUGUUUUCAUACGUUUUGGCCGCUCAUUUACUGAAAACGAAGCUCAAAGUCACCAAAAACCAUAAUUUCUGAAAACUCCAGCCAAAGCGGAGAUUCGCAAAAACUCCGUCUGCACGUUUGCUUGUAAACAGAGGGAAACAGAUAUUUAGGCUUCAGAACAUCACAUUAUGCGACAGAAACGUUGCGACCUGUUGGAAGUAACUGGAAGUUACUCGGGUCAUUUGUUGAUGUUUUUUUCCAGGAUUCCGAUCGGCUAGCAUGACUUUAUCUUCUCGUUACACUGCCACCUGUAGGUUUGGCUGCUCAUAGCACCUUAACAGCGUAUUUAUGCAGGUUCGUGUAAAUGAUGGUAUUUUGAAAAAGAUCUGAUUUAAUGAUGGUAUUUUUCAAAACGUAGAGGGGGAAAUAUCGGUUUUUGUAAAUACCCGGCUAUGUGUAAACGUGGCCGGAGUCAACAACACGUGGAACAAAGACACCUUCCCCGACCUCGAACAUGUCGUAACCGAAGGCGGUUUCAGGCACGUUGGCGGCUGCAGACGGCUCCGAGGGCCAAACAAACAACAUCUAGAGGUUCUGAGAGGAGAAAUGAUGACAAACACACACUUCUACCCCCCAACGUGUGACUUUCACCAUCUUAUCAGAGAGGACUAACCGGAAUACUCUCAGACACCCAAACCCAGACCAACAGACCCGUCCUGUACGGCUGCAGGGAACCGCUGAACGUGGACCGGCUCAUUUCAUGGUUUUUCCUUUUUCAUUGACAAAAAUACACCAGAACUUUCUGGGUUCAGCCCUCAAAGUGUCCUGAUGGAUGUUGUAAAGUGUUAUUCUGUCGCCAAUAUCUAAUAAUCUACCUCACAAAGGGACGAUUUAAGACCCGGGUUUCGACCGAACCUUUCGUUUCGGGUCUCAGCUGCGGCGUCUACGCCGCUGACGUCCAGGUUGUGUUGUCGCCAUGGCGACGGGGCGGAUUUCCCAGUUAAUCCCGCACAGCUGUGUCGAAUAUUAGAGUU